AUGGACGCGGAGACGAUAGAGCACCUCAAGCGCGCGCUCGCCGGUUCCGUCUCUCCCGACGCGACGAUCAGAGCCGCCGCGGAUGAUUUCUUACGCUCAGCCGCCAGUCACUCCGGCGCCGCUCUCGGCCUGCUCGCCCUGGCCUCGGACGCCGCGACGGAGAUCGGCACGCGGCAGAGCGCGAGCAUAUACUUCAAGCACAUGUGCGCCAAGUCGUGGAGCGCGUCGAGGGCGGAGCAGAGCGCGAGCACGACCACGCCGGCGGCGGCGCUGGACGAGGGCGAAAAGGCGGCGGUUCGCAGAGUGGCGCUCGAGGCGAUCAGCACGACGCCGAGCAAGGUGCGAAGUCAGUUGUUGGAGGCGGUUCGAGUGAUGGUACAUCACGAUUUCCCGGAAAGAUGGCCCGAGAUCGCGACGCAGGUGUUGGAGGCUUUGACGUCGGAGGCGAACGCGAGCGCGAGCGGGAGACUGGUUGGAACGGUGAUGGUGCUCAACGCUUUGUGCCGAAAGUACGAGUUUAAGGACGAGAGCGAUCGCGGAGACGUCGAGGAAAUCAUUCGAGUCGUUUUCCCGAGAUUGUUGGAGAUUCUCAAGGCGUUGCUGGCGUACAACGGCCCGCCGAACGCCGAGCUGGAGGAGUUGAAGAAGGCGAUUUGCAAGACGUAUUGGAGCGCGACGUACAUGAACGUCGGACCGUCUCUGGCCGCGGAGGGGACGUUUCGAGAGUGGAUGUCGGCAUUCCACGCCAUCAUAACCGCGGAAGUUCCCACGGAGGGGAUGCCAACCGAGGACAAGACGGAGCUCAAGCACUGGCCGUGGUGGAAGACAAAGAAGUGGGCGAUGCACGUCGUUAAUCGCAUGUUCUCCAGGUACGGCAACGCCAAGCAAGUCAAGGCGGAACACAAGCCACUGUCAACGAUGUAUCGCAACAACUAUGCCGCGCAUUUCCUGAGAGUUUACAUCGAGUUCUUGAGCAAGCUCUCUGCUGGAGCCAUUAUGCCAGAUCGCGUCGUGAACCUCGCCGUGCAGUACCUCUCCACCGCCGUGUCGCUACCGCUGACGUACAAGGUGAUGGAACCUCAUCUCGACGAGAUUUUCCAGCGCGUUAUCUUCCCCAUCCUCUGUUUUAACGCUGAAGACGACGAGCUCUUCGCCGAUGAUCCGCACGAAUACGUGCGAAAGAGUCAAGAUUUCAUCGAGGACAUGUACUCGCCGCGAAUGGCCGCCAUCGGGUAUCUGAACGAGCUGUGCAGCAAAUCCUCAAAGCGCAUGGAGAACAACCUUCCGAGGGUUUUGGCAGUGACGGUACAAAUUUUCCAGACGCACGCGCAGGCAGUGGCCAGUCGAGCUCAGAUGGAGACGCAGGCGCGCUACGCCCUCGACGGCGCUCUGCUCAUCGUCACGCAUCUGGCGAGCACGUUAGAGCGCCACGACACGUACAAACAGCAACUCGAGGCGAUGAUUAUGACGCACGUCCACCCGGCGUUCACCUGUGCGCACGCGCACAUUCGCGCCAAAGCCGUCGCGUGCGCGUCCAAAUAUUCGGGCAUCGAGUUCACCUCGGAGCAAAACUUCUUAACUCUGUUUUCGAGCGUCGUACAAUCCAUGAAGGAUCAACAGUUGCCUGUUCAAGUCGAGGCCGUGGUCGCGCUCGGAUCUUUUAUUCAAGAGACCGAUGACGUGAGCAACCUUAAGCCACUCAUACCGCAGUUGUUGGACGACUUUUUUAAGCUAAUGAACGAAGUCGAAUCGGAGGACAUCGUGUAUACGCUGGAGACAAUCACGGAAAAGUUUGGCGAGGAUAUCGCUCCGUACGCGUUACACAUGACACAAAACCUCGCCGCCGCUUUCUGGAAGGUCGUCGAGUCCGAGAGUAAAGACGACGACGACGACAUGGGCAUGUUGGGCGCUAUCGGCGUCUUGCGGGCCAUGUCAACAAUUUUGGAGUCCAUCUCUGGCUUGCCGCACAUGUACCCUGAACUUGAAGCCGCGGUGUUUCCGAUUCUUCACAAGAUGCUCAGUGAUCAAGGGUACGACGUGUUUGAGGAAGUUUUGGAGAUUUUGGCUUAUCUGACGUACUUCACCCCCGAGGUCACGCCGCGCAUGUGGGAACUCUGGCCGCUGAUGAUGACAACGAUGGACGACUGGGCGUUGCAAUAUUUCGAGAACAUGCUCAUUCCGCUGGACAAUUACAUCAGUCGAGGGACGGAGCACUUUCUCACCCCGGGUACUUCCUACGUGGAGGACACGUACAACAUUUGCAAGAAGGUUCUUGAGGGCGAGUAUCCCGAGCCUGAUUGUCUGUCGGCGCCGAAGCUGAUGGAGUGCGUCAUGACCAACUGUCGCGGUCGAGUGGAUGUGGUCAUCGAGCCGUACAUCAACAUCGCUCUGGCUCGUCUGGAGCGAGCGGAGAUGAAAUAUUUCAAAGACUUGCUCAUGAUGACGUUUGCGCACGCGUUGCACUACAAUCCGGUGCUUGCUCUGCAAGCGACGAACCGAACGGGAGCGACGAAUGAGGUCUUUGCUCGAUGGUCAGCCAUGCUUUCGGUGAGGACGAAAUCCGGAGCUCGUCAUUGUUUCACGUCUGAACACUCCAAAAAGGUGUGCGCGCUGGGACUGAUGUCCCUCAUGACGGCGCCAGAUGACGUGUUGACCCCGGAAAUCCGCGGCGCGCUCGGAGGCAUCCUUGACACGCUCGUGUCCCUCGUCCAAGACUUGAAGACUCAAAUUGACGAGCGCACUCAGGACGAGCAGUCCGGCAAGCGCCGGUACCCUUGGGAAGAAUCGGACGAAGAGUACGAGGAUCCGAACGGUUUGGUCGACGACGAUGAAGAUGACGAAAACGCAGACCUGCAGUUUGAUGAGGCCACUCUUCGAGCGUUAGCAAAGAAGGCGCAGGACGCUGAUCCGUAUUCGCGCGCGGGGGACAUUGACGAUUCAGACGACGAAUUCUGGUUUGAUGACGACGAUGAUUCGUGUACGAGUCCCUUGGAUGAUAUCGAUACGUUCAUCGCUCUUUCCGAUUGUAUGAAUGCGCUUCAAGCGAGCGGUCGAUCAAUCAGCGCGAGCGCGUCGUCGAUGGAGACGCUUCAGGCUCUCAUGCGGCACGCGGUUCACAGACGAAGCGUGUUCCCGGAGGAGCGAGCGAAGGCGAAAUCAAAACCAGGGAAUUAA